AUGGUUUCCAGAUUAGUCUUCUGGGGAGGCUUCGGCGUCGCCGUCCGCGUCUGGCAGCUCGGCCUCGAGAUGCGCCCCUUCUUCAACCGCGGCUCGCUCUGGGCCUACCCCGUCUUCGCCGGCGUCGGCGCCAGCUUCGGCUACUGGCUGCAGGGCGUCGACGACAGGCAGACGGCCAUGCUGGAGGACCGGAAAUCCGCCAUCCUCGAGAAGCGCGCGCGCAGGGCCGCCAGGGACGCCGACCAGGUCGCUGCCGACCACGCAUGA